AGAUGGCGGCGGCGGCGGCGGCGGCGUUGGGGGCGCGGAGCCGCGGGAGGAGGAGGGAGAAGGAGAAUCUGUGAGUUGCUGAGAAGCAGCGCGGCGGCUGCUUUGAGGAGUCCGCGGAGCUGCCGGCGGCCCGACCGCUCGGGGCCGGGGCCUGGACUGGGAAAGAGAGGCCGGAGCAGCGCCGGGAGCCUGAGGCCGGAGCCGAGGAGGAAUGUGACCUGGGGUCGGCGGGGGCGCGGGAGUACGCGAGCGCAGGGAUGGGGCAGCAGGUGGGCCGCGUCGGGGAGGCUCCGGGGCUUCAGCAGCCUCAACCUCGCGGGAUCCGGGUCAGCAGUGCAGCCAGGCCCUCCGGCCGCAGGCGGGACCUGGCGGGGCGCACCACAGAGGCCGGCUUCAAUGUCUUCACCCAGCAUGAUCACUUUGCCAGCUGUGUGGAGGAUGGCUUUGAGGGAGACAAGACUGGAGGCAGUAGUCCAGAAGCCUUGCACCGCCCCUAUGGUUGUGAUGUUGAACCCCAGGCACUGAACGAAGCCAUCAGGUGGAGCUCCAAGGAGAACUUACUUGGAGCCACUGAGAGCGACCCUAAUCUCUUUGUUGCACUUUACGAUUUUGUAGCCAGUGGUGAUAACACACUCAGCAUCACUAAAGGUGAAAAGCUGCGAGUCCUUGGUUAUAACCAGAAUGGUGAGUGGAGUGAAGUUCGCUCCAAGAAUGGACAAGGUUGGGUGCCAAGCAACUACAUCACCCCAGUGAACAGCUUGGAGAAACAUUCCUGGUACCAUGGACCCGUGUCACGCAGUGCAGCAGAGUACCUACUCAGCAGUCUAAUCAACGGCAGUUUCCUGGUGCGAGAAAGCGAGAGCAGCCCCGGGCAGCUGUCGAUCUCGCUCAGGUACGAGGGGCGUGUGUAUCACUACAGGAUCAAUACCACCACAGAUGGCAAGGUGUACGUCACUGCUGAGAGCCGCUUUAGCACCCUGGCCGAACUCGUGCACCAUCACUCCACGGUGGCCGACGGGCUGGUGACGACGUUACACUACCCAGCGCCCAAGUGCAAUAAGCCCACAGUCUAUGGUGUGUCCCCCAUCCAUGACAAGUGGGAAAUGGAACGAACGGAUAUUACCAUGAAGCACAAACUUGGGGGCGGGCAGUAUGGAGAAGUUUAUGUUGGCGUCUGGAAGAAAUACAGCCUUACGGUUGCUGUGAAAACAUUGAAGGAAGAUACCAUGGAGGUGGAAGAGUUCCUGAAGGAAGCUGCAGUGAUGAAGGAAAUCAAGCAUCCUAAUCUGGUCCAACUACUAGGUGUGUGUACUUUGGAGCCACCAUUUUACAUUGUGACUGAGUACAUGCCGUAUGGCAACUUGCUUGAUUAUCUCCGAGAAUGUAGUCGAGAAGAGGUGACUGCAGUUGUCCUGCUGUACAUGGCCACUCAGAUCUCUUCUGCAAUGGAGUAUCUAGAGAAGAAGAAUUUCAUCCAUAGAGAUCUUGCAGCCCGUAACUGCCUAGUGGGAGAAAACCAUGUGGUAAAAGUGGCUGACUUUGGUUUGAGUAGACUGAUGACUGGAGACACCUAUACUGCUCAUGCUGGAGCCAAAUUUCCUAUUAAAUGGACAGCACCAGAGAGUCUUGCCUACAAUACCUUCUCAAUUAAAUCUGACGUCUGGGCUUUCGGGGUACUGUUGUGGGAAAUUGCUACAUAUGGAAUGUCACCGUAUCCAGGUAUUGACCUGUCUCAGGUGUAUGAUCUACUGGAAAAAGGAUAUCGAAUGGAACAACCUGAAGGAUGCCCCCCUAAGGUUUAUGAACUUAUGAGAGCAUGCUGGAAGUGGAGCCCUGCCGACAGGCCUUCUUUUGCUGAAACACAUCAGGCUUUUGAAACCAUGUUCCAUGACUCCAGCAUUUCUGAAGAGGUAGCUGAGGAGCUUGGGCGAGCCGCCGCCGCCUCAUCUGUUGUUCCCUACCUGCCCCGACUGCCUGUACUUCCUUCCAAGACGCGGACGCUCAAGAAGCAGGGGGACAACAAGGAGAAUAUCGAAGGGGCACAGGACGCCACAGAAAAUUCUGCUUCUAGUUCAGCACCAGGGUUCCUUAGAGGUGCACAGGCCCCUAGUGGGUCCCCAGCAUUGCCUCGAAAACAAAGAGACAAGUCACCCAGCAGCCUCUUGGAAGAUGCCAAAGAGACAUGCUUCACCAGGGAUAGGAAGGGAGGCUUCUUCAGCUCCUUCAUGAAAAAGAGAAAUGCUCCCACACCCCCCAAGCGCAGCAGCUCCUUCCGAGAAAUGGAGAAUCAACCCCACAAGAAAUACGAACUCACGGGGCUUCCAGAGCAGGAUAGGAUGGCAAUGACCCUUCCCAGGAACUGCCAGAGGUCCAAACUCCAGCUGGAAAGGACAAUGUCCACCUCUUCUCAGCCAGAAGAGAAUGUGGACAGGGCCAAUGACAUGCUUCCAAAAAAAUCAGAGGAAGGUGCUGCUCCAAGUAGGGAGAGACCAAAAGCCAAACUUUUGCCCAGAGGAGCCACGGCUCUUCCUCUCAGAACCCCCUCUGGGGAUCCAGCCAUUACAGAGAAGGACUUUCCAGGGGCGGGGGUGGCUGGAGUGGCAGCCGCCCCAAAGAGCAAGGAGAGGAAUGGUGGGGCGCGACUCGGCAUGGCUGGAGUCCCAGAGGACGGCGAGCAGACGGGCUGGUCUUCUCCGGCCAAGGCUGCAGCAGCCCUCCCAACCACUCACAACCACAAAGUGCCAGUCCUUAUCUCACCCACUCUGAAGCACACUCCAGCUGACGUGCAGCUCAUUGGCACAGACUCUCAGGGCAAUAAAUUCAAACUCUUAUCUGAGCAUCAGGUCACAUCCUCUGGAGACAAGGACCGACCCCGACGGGUAAAACCAAAGUGUGCCCCCCCCCCCCCAGUGAUGAGACUACUGCAGCAUCCGUCCAUGUGCACAGACCCCACGGAAGAGCCGACUGCCCCGACUGCAGGACAGCCCAUGCCAGAAACACAGGAAGGAGGGAAAAAGGCCGCUCCGGGGGCAGUGCCUGGUGGUGGGAAAGCCGGGAGGCCAGUGAUGCCUCCCCCUCAAGUGCCUCUCCCCACAUCUUCCAUCUCGCCAGCCAAAAUGGCUAACGGCACAGCAGGUACUAAAGUGGCUCUGAGAAAAACCAGACAGGCGGCUGAGAAAAUCUCAGCAGACAAAAUCAGCAAAGAGGCCCUGCUGGAAUGUGCUGACCUACUGUCCAGUGCCAUCACGGAGCCUGUGCCCAACAGCCAGCUGGUGGACACUGGCCACCAGCUCCUCGACUACUGCUCAGGCUACGUGGACUGCAUCCCGCAGACGCGCAACAAAUUUGCCUUCCGAGAGGCUGUGAGCAAACUGGAGCUCAGCCUGCAGGAGCUGCAGGUGUCUUCAGCGGCGGCCGGGGGGCCCGGGGCCAACCCUGUCCUUAAUAACUUACUGUCAUGUGUACAGGAGAUCAGCGACGUGGUGCAGAGGUAGCCACUGUGAGCCUCGUGGGCAGACGCCUACAGCUCUGAGGGGAGAGGGAGAGGGGCUUGUUUUCCUGUGUUCCUGUUUUCAAAAAAUGAAAGACUGAUACUUGAGUGUGUUUAUGUGAAGUACCUCAGAUCUCUGAGCUCUCACGUUUACAGGUUCAUCUCAAAAACAACAAAAAGCAAAAACACGUAGGACAGGGAAAUGAGAUGGGGGCGGAGCAGUCGCGGACAGGAUUGGAAGGCGCACCGGAACAUCAGGGAGCGUGUGUAUGUCAGGCCACGAAGAACCCAGUCCAGCCCGCGCCUACCCGGAAUGCUGUGCGCUGGGGACACGGGGCUGCUCUCGGCAAGGCCGCAGGCCUGCGCCCGCCCGGAAACUGACAGUGGCGCUCAUUCCGCACCACACACUGCGGGGUUGGCUUGGGGCUCAAGGGGUUACGAUCGGUGAUGACGCGCCCCCUCGCCGAAUGAAUCGGGUGGGACAGAAGAGGGGAAAGCUGGGAAUGUACCAAGGGACCUUUCCUUUGAGGCUGUUGAACGCAGCUGUUUCCACAGGGCUCCCCGCUGCAGUAAGAACUGCAGAUCAGAUUGCUAGGGUGGGCUCCUGUCCUCUUUCCCAUGGGUGUGCUAAUUGGUGCAGAAGUCGUCAGGGAGAUUGAAAACUCCUCCUCACAUCUUCUCCACUGAUGAGCAAAAGUCAUUUCUCCCAGUCUCGUAGAUUAUUUCCUAGUGGACCAGGAUUGGCUUUCUGCUUGCUGGUGCCCGUCUAGAAAUCAUAGGCAUAGGGGUUUCCUUAGUGGUUCCUCUCUGCUCUUUGCUGGGCAGGCUCUCCUCCUCUAUCUCUGGCAGUAUUCAGGGCAUUGACCAGCGUUGGUUUCGAAAAUAGUGGUCAUGUACAGGUUCUCUCAGGAAUCCUUUUCUGAUACGGUGCCCCUGCAUACCGACAUACUGGCCAAGGAAUUGAGCAGCUCUGUAUUUCUUUAUCAGCUAAACUACCAGGGAGGGAGGUUUCUUGGAAUCCAGUGGUCAGGUCCAGAGGUCUGUGACUGAGAGUUUUCGAGAAGCUGACUCGGUCCCAAUGGCCAUUUCUCUGUACCUUUCUCCUCCCUUAGCACCUUAGACCCAGGCUAGUUAGAGAGCAAGGAGAAACAUUCUCUUAGUCUCUGUGGAUUUCAAAUGAAUCACCCCAAAUUACUCUCAUGCUUUUCUCCUUUCACAUAUCCCCCUCCCCCUCAUUGUUGGGUUUGUCUGUAAAUAUCCUAUUGGGAAUACUCUUUGAUAUUUAUUUUGUCAUUUCACCUCUCUUAGAAGAAUGCAUAAUUGAAGGGGCAGGUCAUUUCCAGGAAACACUGAUUAAAUCCUAGAAACCUAAUGACUUAACCCCCAAAUAUGUUUUGCCUUUGAAAAAUGGGCCUUUUCCUUUCCUAUUCAGUUAUUAUUAUGGAAACUAAUUAGGAUCAUAUGGAACUGAACCUAAUCGGUUAGAUACUACUCAUAUUCUUGAUAUCAGGUCUAAUUUUAAUUAAUACUUCAUUCUCUUUUUAAAGCUUUACGACCACCACCCCCCACCCGCCCAAGGAGAACCUGAUACAAAAGAAUAAAUACACUACUUUUUUCCUCCCAAAGGAAUAUUAACUUAGGAAGCUAGGAAGUGAACACUGAUGGCCUGUGAGUUUUCUUCCUGGCUCUGUCAUCGAUCCCCUGUCAAGCCACAGCCCCAUCUCUUAAUCUGUUAAAUGAAGGUAACACUACAUCUUCUCAGGGGUCUUUUGCAGAUAAGUGUAUAGCUGUCCCUUUGAGAGCCACUUCAGUGCAGUGUCGUUACGUUGAAAGAUUUCCAUUCUCCGCUCAGUAGCAGAUAAUGGAAAUGUUGAACUGCUGAGAUGAUGCUAACAGGGCUAGAAUACUAAGGAGGAAAAACUAUGUUUUGUACAGUGUGUCAUCUUUGACCAAGGAGGAAAUUUAGUUUUCAUUAGAAAGAGAAUCUUACUGUGACUGCACCAAAGGAGGCCCAGGCCAGGAGAAGGGGGAGAAAGUCCCGGGCCUCGCUGACAGGGCACGGGUGAGCCGCGUCCGUAGGUCACGGUCAGGUGCAGCACAGGCAGCUAGUGAUCCGGCCGGGCUUCCUGUGGUGGUUGGACGAGAAGGCAGAGUUCCCUUCAACAUGGAUGGAGGCCCACGGUCCUCCCACCUUCCUCUCUGCCACUCCCCUUCAGCAGUCAUUUCCAUGAACUUGAAAUCGUUUUAGCCAUUAGCCUUUUAAGGGUGGGACAGGGAAAGCUAAAACUUUAGAAUAUUAUGCUGCUUUUUAAGUUUAUCUGUCAUUGUGGGAUGCAAGUUGAGGGGUUAAUUAUAAUUGUGUUUUUUAGGGUUUUUUUUUUUUUUUUUUAAAGCAGGGGAUCUUUCCUUGAGAGCUCUGAAAAUAAGCCUUGGAGGAACACUACUGAGUGUGUGUAAGCUCCCUGGUUUUCUCAUCGCGGAACAGUCUUGAGGGCGGGGACUGUGUCUUACUCAGGGGCAGCACCUGGCUCUGUCUUGCCUACAGUAGGUGCUCAAGAAGUUCAUGAAAUGAAUUGCUUUUUCUCAACACUCUCAAGAGCAGCAUGAACGAUUGUAGCACAGCCCAUCCACGUGAUGCUUGAACUGCGUGGGACUCCAGGGGUCAGGUGAAAGAGGCACUGUCAACUUACUAGAAAAGUAUCACUUGACUGCUCCUUUUUCUAAAUGAAAAGGACCAGAUUUUUAAAAUAACCUUACGUAAAUUCAAAAGUUUGAACUCAAAGUAGAGAAAACUGCUUCUCAAAACUAAAAACAUAGUCUGUCUAGUUUAAAAGCAAAGCCAGGAGCAAGAGGCCUUCUACAAGGUGUUGACAACUCUCUAAAGUGGUUGAUAUAUAUGCAUACCUUGGGGCUGGUACCGCUUGAGUCCUUUCACGUACAGACAGUAUGAUUUCAGCUUAGAUUUCUUACCUUAAAACGCAUGUGUUCCACAUGAAGUAUUUUCUUAAAAGGCUUUGUGUAAAAUUAAAGUGUGUAUAUUUUCCUACAGCCUUCCAUUGUGAUUUUCAGAGAUAUAGCCUUAAAAAAGAUUGGCCCUAAGAAAUUCAUUCAGUGUUUUUCCAGAUGAACCCCUAUUCAUUGAUAUCAUUAGAGUAGAGAUCCUUCGCCAGUUGCAUUUUUGGGGUUUAAGUUAGAAUUUUCUUACAAUUCAGUUGAAAAUUGGCUAGUAAAAUCGUACCCAGUUAAUAAAACAUGCUGACUUAGCUAAGGUGCAGCCUGUGUUUAUUAUUUAAAGUCCUGGAGCUUUUGAGUUUUAAAGGAUACAGUAUAGAUAGUGAUUAAGAGUUGAGACUCUGAAGCCAGUCCAGAAGGCAAGUCAUUUAACCUUCCUGAGCCUUAGUUUCCACGUUGGAAAACAGGGAUAAUAAUAGUAACUACCUCAGGGUUGUUGUAAGGAUUAAAUGAGAUAACGUAUGUAAGCUACUUAGCUUGAGUGCCUGGCACAUGAUGAGCACUCCGUAAAUGGUCACUGCUCCUGCUGUUACUACCACUUAGUCUAGUGGGUCUUCGCCGGGGACGGGCAACAAAAUCCCUGGAAUUUAAAAAAAAACAGUCUGAUGCAUUGGCUCACCCCAGCUUAGACUUCCCAGUGGGGUGAGGUCUCAGCCGAGAAUCCCUCCAGGUGUUUUAGAUACCCAGCACUGUCUGAACACUAUCAGGACCCCAUCCCUUUCCUUCAUAGCUUCAGAAGUUGGAGGAGAGGAUGGUGAAGUUACUUGCCCAUUAUCUCGGUUAAUUGGUGGCAGAGCCAAGGCUAUAGGGUUCAGGUCUCAUGACUUUCUGGUUGUGGGGUCUUUCCACCUUUCCUGCUGCCUUGUGAGACACUGCAAAAGAAAAAAGGUGGCUCGGAUAGACAAUCAGUCUGCACAGUGCUGCACGCUUUCUAAAGCACACGCUCCUGGCAUGCUCUGGCCGUAAGGGGCUUGCAUGCUGAGUAAUGGCAACACGGCGGAGCAGGCAUGCAGUAGAGCUCAGUAACUUAGAAAAGUGGGGUGGGGGGGGCAUUCUUCUGGACAGACCCCAGCAACACAGCAGCAGUCUGCACUUUGUAAUAAAGAAAUACUAACUCGAGUUUUAAAAAACCUAGUCCUACAUUCCUUUUUCUUAAAAACAAAACAACUUUAUCCAUAUCAUUUUAAUGACUAUGAGGUAAUGUAUAUGAAAGCACUUUGAGAAAAGUAUCAAAUGUAAUUUAACUAUAAGGUUGUGUUAUUACUGUCUGUUUAGAAGAUCAAACAGUCGGUUAGAUGCUGAUUGACUUAAUACGCUUUUACCUGUGGGAGACCGGAAAAUGCAAAUAUAUAAAUAAUCACCCCUGUGACUUAUCACAUUUGUAAAUAUGAAACCGCUAAAUGAAUAUGUGCAGGCAUAGUAAGUGUUUUGCUAAAAUUGUAGCUCAGCCGAAUAACUUCAGAAAACUACGGACCAACUUUCUGGUUUAAUUAUAAUCAUUAAAAGUAGUAAUGUGUACUCCAGAAUAAAGAGGCUCUUCCGGGGAACUUGACUCAGGAAGAAUUGAGGCCCUUUAUCCUCCGUGUUCCCCUUUUAGGCUACGUGUUCAGCCAGUUAGCAUCCUGACACGGUGGGUGCAGACUCGUACCUGUUGAUGUUGGCAGUGUCUUUUUUUAACCGAUGUCUAGCGUGGUUUUGUUGGGAUUUCUUGGAGGGGAGGGGAGGGGUGGGAUCAGAUGGCCAUAGAACCAGUGCACUUUGGGAAUUAGUUUUCUAGGAUUUCCUGCCAGUUAGAAAUGAUCUUGACGUUCAUUGCGUGCACGCGCGCGUGUGUGUGUGUUUCUAAAAUGAGUAGCUAAACACAAUUUGCCUAUUAGAUUAUAAAAUGCCCCGGAGUAAAUUGCAUUGGUGGCCACUUUUGAGUUCUAGCUUCACUGCGUUCUGCCCUCUCCCUUCCAAUUUUUGUUGUUGAUGUCAUUGUUACUAUCAGGCUAUGCUUCCACAGGAGUUCACAUUGGGCUGACAGGGUUGUCAACGUUUUCGUUCAUCACAAAUUUGGGGUUUCGUCAUCUUGCUUGGCAUUAAUUUGUUUUAUCUGGAUUUGGGUCCAUCUCUGUGCCCUAAGCAUUUGUUAUGACCAGUUUUCUUAUGUAGAGGGGUUUCUGGAUGUAAGUUUCUUCUUAUGAAUUAAUAGACCUCCAGCUGUCUGUAUCUCUGUCAAGCCAGUAGCUCAGUUCUUCUGUAAAUGUCUGCUUUGGUUUGGGGGGUGUGGGAGCAGGAAAGAGAGAGGGAAAGGCAGCCUGGAGGGAGCCUCUACCCUCGUGACAGAGGCAGGCCAAGGCAGCCCCACAGAUGCCUGCCCCAUCCGUGCGACAACCCAGGAAAUUGCUGCUGGCCAUUAGCCUCGCCAGGCAGAGAGGAGAGGCCUGGGCUGGUUCUAAAGCUUGUCCCACUCAUAACAACAGUCAGGAUAGUUAAUUCUUUUGGAUAGAGUUCCAGUUUUCCAACUCUCAGAAUUUAAAAAUUCAAAUGCAAGGCUUGCUUUUCUGGGCAAGCGCCUGGAGUAACGAUGAUUGUUGUUACCUGCCCUGUUACCGCCAGAACUUCAGUGCCAUUCCCUGCCCUCCUGUAUCGCCGGGAAGUGUGGCUGGAUUUCCGGGCUGUGCAGAGUGUCUACGCAGGUGACUAAGACAGCCUCCAAGUCUGUCUGGCUUGACGUUUACUGCAGCGUCCCAAUAGGAGGGGUUUUCCUGCUCUGGGGCUGCUUUCCCAUGCCAUACCGGAGGUGAAAGGGUUCAUCUUGAAGAUACCACAUGUGUAAGGCGCUAUUUCCUCCAUUUCCGACUCCGUAUCCUAGAUCCCAAGAGCAGGAUAGGGUAGGAAGAGCGCAUGCUUCUCCCUGGGUGAGGAGGCCUAGGCAGGUCAUCUUGAUUCUAGGAUGACUUGGAGUGGUAGAAGACACUCUGAGGAUUGUGCCUUCAAAGAUGGGCUUUGUGCGAUUUGCGGAGGAGAGACUUGUAAGCUGGGUUGGUGGUGCACACUUAGUGAGCUAGAACUGGUUAGGUGGGUGGUGGGGGCUCAGUGCCCCAGUCAGUGAGAGUCCCUGCUUGAGAUGUUCCCCCCAUACGGGACGCUGAUGUGACAGACUGCACUUUUUUCCAGCCCGCCUGGGGAGCUGGGGGAAGGCUGCUCUAACUGGACCCUUCCCUCCCUCCAGGUGCACUUCUUUGCUCUUGUUUUCAAUUAUGAAUUUGAAACUGUUUACGUCUCUUAGAAAAAUUACAUCCUUUAACUUUCCCACUGUUAAGUAUACAUAGUGAGCACAGUAGCAAGGCCCUGGUAACAGCCCGGGGUCACAGAUGGCGUGUGAACAGAUCUAACCUGCAGACCAUCUGAAGGAAAGGGUGUCUCCUUUAAGUCGAAAGCUUAGGCUCCACUUUGUCCUUAGACCACACCCAAUUCGUGCCCUCUGUGUCUGUUCUGUGAAAUCCUUUGUUCAUCAUUUUACUCAGAGGAGCAAGUUUCUGGGUCCUGCGUGUCACUCCAAGCUACUGAGCUCUACAUGCAGGGCUUGAGGGAGCAUUCUAGUCAAUUCUUUAAGACAUGGUGGAGGUGAGUGGUCCAAUGCUAGUGGGCUUCAAGAAAGAAAGGAAAUAGUUCGUCUCAUUGAAGCUUGCUUAUUAGGUUUGCUUCUGAGCCUCAGGAUAGAAGUUUCAAAUCAUGUAAUUAAGCACCAUAAACUUCAAUUGGAGAAUGGGACUUCUAGUUAAUAAAAUUUUCACAUGUAGGGUAGUUUUCAUCGGUUGUAACACAACAGUAACACAGGUAUGCCUAAUAAAUUUAUUCGUGAUUCAGAAGAUAUUGCAGGAUCCUGUAGGGCUUUAGUAUCCUCACUGGUGAAUCCCAAAUACUGUUCUGCACAAUUCAGAAGUACCAUACCAUGUGUUGAGAGUUGGCAGGCCUGCCGAGAGACCGAGAUGUUUCUGGUAGGUGAAGGCCAGGUAAGCCAGCCUGCCUCCAUUUGGACAAGCUGUUUUUCACUGUGGCCACUGUUCUUGGGAUUCCGUUAGGAGAGAAAUUUUCUGAGAUCUUGAGAAAUCACCUUGAUUAGGGUGAUUGUCCUUCAGAGAAAUUUGUAUUCAGAAACUAGAAAGGACAGUGAGGUACUCAGAGUUCUUUAGGGCAUAUGUUUGAAAACCCUCAUCUCUCAGAUCUAUAUGGAGGGUCUGUGUUCUGUCCACAUUCUGUACCUACACCAUUGUGCUGAGAAAGGAGGGGAGUCAGUGAAAGAGGAUCUUUCUCACUUAUUCAGCUCUUUCCCUGUGGUGAAGAGAAGCUGUGCCCUGGUUUGGUGUGUUGGCCACGAGCAGGCUGACUGAGCUGUGUAUGCAUCCUCAGAACCCCCCAUCUCCUGGGUAGACCCCACGCUUUUACUUCUUGCAAUCUGAUUCUGAAAUGACUAUCAGUGGAGAAACCCAGUUUUAUGCUUGCUUGUCAAAAAGAAGUUUGAACGUUUCAUGGUGGUUGAUAGAACUUUGUCCUACAGCCUAUGAUUCAGUCUUUAAAACUCGUUUAACGUUUAUACCAAAGGUCACGCUCCGCAGGUGUAUGCGUGGUGGAUGCACGGGGGUGAGGCCUGGAGGGCCUGGCACUGUGCACCGCUGAGGGGACACAGGGAGACAGUACGGGAUUUCACUGGAAACACAUCAGUCAUGAGUCACACUACCAGUGUUGUCAGGUAUUUGUUCUUGUAAUAUAUUUUCAGGUGUUUUGUUUUUCUAAUUUAAUUCUCUCACCCUGUUGUCUGACUGUGAACUGCUAACAGUGUUAAACUUGAUGUAAAUAAAUGAGGCCCUUGAAAGGGGAAUGCUGUCUGCCUGUUGUCUCACAAGGCUUGCCAACUUGUGUUUUAUUUUAAAUAAAGGUUGCAAUAUUUUAUUGGCAAA